AUGCACAUGAGUACUAGCCUGUUCUACGAGAUCCUGGCGGGUGUAUGGGUACGAAACGGACUGCAGAUUAAGGGCCAGGCGAUGACGUACAUCCAGGCAAACUUCUGCAACUCUAUGGUAGACAUGGAUAUCUACUGGCUACAAAUCUGCGCCGCGCAACUGCCACCAGAUCAAUUUAUUGAUAUGUGCAUUGAUACGUUCGGCGUGCGCGAGUGGCUGAGUAUGACACCGUUAUCUGGCGCGCAAGCAGGCGAACAGGACGCCAUGGUAGAGGGCCUGCUCACCUUCCUCGCUAUCCUCGUGAGCUCGCGUACCAAUCUUGGACAUGACGAUGUCCUACAGUCUCGCGUCGAGGUGGCAACACUCCUGGCCGCCGGUGAUAAAACCCACUCGCAACUGCUGGAAUUGAUGCCCGAGCGUUCUGGCAAUGCGCACACACAAAACUUUGAAGCUGUUCUGCGUGAGCUGUCCGUAUACCGCGCCCCAGGCCGAGGAUCCGAAAGCCUGGAGCAGGGCUUGUUCGUGCCGCGCCCUGUUGUUUGGGAGCGGUAUUACGACCCGCUGCACGUUUUACGCCGCGCCGUGCAUCGCCGUGACUUCCAUGCCUCAAUGGACCGCUUCGCCGCCUACGUGGCAGAAAAGCGUAAAGCUGAAGGUGAUGGUAGUAAUAGCAAUAGUGGGACUGGUAACUUGUGGCCUCCACUUCGACCUGCACUUCCACCCCCAGACGUCGAGCUUAGUGGCGAUCCCCGACAGAUCUGCGCGUCUGGUGUGCUGCAUGCGGCGUUACUGGCGAUACUGCACCGUGGCGUGCGGCGAAGAGACGCCAGCGUAGGUGGCGCCGCCGCACCACCAGACCACGUGCUGGCGUUGGCCGUCUACCUUCUGGCCACGGCAGCUGACUUGCAGCGAGACACGCAGGCCGCAGAUCGGUCGGUGUGCGUAUGCGGUGGUGAAGUACGCCGGGGCGCCAGCGUAUCAGGCGUGCCAUUGCUGUCGGCGUUCCCGGGUGGUACUCUCGCGGACAACGCACGUACGCUAUUGGCGCACGUACUUCCACUGGAUCACGAUGACACAUUGCCGCCACAGCCCUAUCACUCUGACAGCGAACCAGAAUGGGAAAACAGUGAGGCAGGCGAUGCUAGCAGUGAAGCGGACGCGGGGGCAGAAGGCUCGGCUGCUAGUCGCAACAAACCUGUAUCGAUGCCGCGGCCUUCCACUGCGCUGGCCGUGCCGCAACCUAUGGAGAUGGCAAGAAACGUAUCGAUUUCCGACGAUCAGUCGGACGCGGGAGGUGAUGCUCCUGAGAUUAGAGCUCUCGAGAGUGGAGAAACGGGCGCGCUCGUAGUCCAGAGCGUUGAAGUGGCCGGAAGUUCUGCGGAUGGCGGAGGGCCUCACGACUUGACGCUCGCACUCACUGCGCCCAUUCAUUAUGACGAUGAUAUAGCAGAGCCAGAAUGGGUAGUUGGAAGACGCCGUGCGCUACCCCCUCCGCCUGAGGGUGAACUGGAGGCAGAAAUAGCGGGUGCAGCGGGAAUAGUGGGCACAGUAUCGGCACACGGAUCUCAAGCAGGCGGGCAAGUGCCCGUCCACGAGUCCAUUAUUUCGCUUUUGCUCAAAUUGCACUCACAACUCUCAGGGCGCCUCGACUCGUUCGCGCUCGAUGAGCCGCCGCCCCAUACUGAUGAGCCCAUCGGUGACGGUCCCCACUUCAUCGGCAUAGUUCUCCAUAAGCUGGCUGCUCUGGAUGUAAGGUGUGCGGAAGCCAUCCAACAGGUGCGCCGCACCAUGUGGCCCAACCAAAGGGAGCGGCAGGCCGAGCAGAGAGCCAGGGAGCGGCGUGAAAAGGAUGAGCGUUCGCGACGUGCUCGUGAGCGACAGGAUCAACUUAUGCGAGAGUUUGCCCGCAAACAGCAGCAAUUCCUGUCCAGCGUGCGCCAGCUCGAGGGAGAGAACAUGGAGUGGGAAGAAGAGCUGCUUGCCCGGGACUACGACUGUGUCAUAUGCAACACCACCGCUCCCGCUGCGCCCCACGAUCCCAUCGGAUUGGUGGUGUUGCUACAGUCGACGUCGGUUCUCGGUCACAGGCGGCGCGCCGGAACACCGGCGGGUGCGUUGGCGUUGUCUGAAAGCGAACGGGCGCGACUAGCGGCGCAGCAAUACGGCACGGCGGCCGCCCAUCACUACCGGUUGCACGACGACCUGCAGCAACACUUCGACCACGAUUCCUGGGUGCUCAGCGUCAGCGUGGGCUGGGAGGGUGGCGUCGUGGCGCAGUCGUGUGGCCACCACGUGCACUUGCGUUGUCUGCGAGCUUAUCUCCGCUCGCUGGCUGCGUCGCAGCGUCCUCCCAACUUGCACGUGGAGCUGGGUGAAUUCUUGUGCCCGCUGUGUCGACAGCUCGCCAAUAGCGUGCUACCACUGGCGCCACCACCGGAGCGUGCUCCGCGACGCCCUUCUUCGAACGCGUCCCACGCACACCUGGCGGCCCACGUGCGUGACAUGUUAGACCGGGAGAUCCGACCGCCCGUCAAGAGCCAGCUGUCGGAAGCGAUGGGCAAAGCUAUGACAGACAUGACGGCGAUGGCGGGUGGCAAGCUGAAACAACGCUACGGCUCCUCGCCUGCCGCUAUCUUUACCUUUGUGGCAUCGCUUGUGCGCACCAACUUGGAGUGCGAACUCGUGCAACGCAACAACACCCUUGUCGCGCAGCCUACCCCACGAUACAAGCCUAAAGAGGAGUGCAUCGUGCCACUGAUGUCGGUGGCGGGAGCGCACGCACGUGCUCUAGUAGUGGCGGGAGCGUCGCUGGGAGUGGCUAACACUUGGCGGGCCCUCGUGCCCGAAGCCGCAGUGGAAACAGUAGGAGUAUGUGGUGCCGCCGUCCCUACUGCGGGAGGCACCCGACCCGUUCCACUUCUGCUACGCGACCCUACCGCGCUUCUACUGCACGUGUUAUUACUGGCCCCCGACGACCCGCCGCAUCUGGAUAUCCAACAUUUCACGAGCAUCGUGCGGGCGCUCUACACCCUCACCUACUACCAAGUAGUAAACCAGCUGUGUGCAACGGGUACGUUGACCCCAGCGCAACACUUGCGACCUGAAGGACGCGCGCGGGGACUGCUGGAAGCGGCGCAACUGCUGCUUGCGGCCCGGGCUCCUCAGCACCUUCUGGAUGACGAUGCAGCACAUGCUGAACCGGAUGCUACGUUUGACAUUGACAAAGCUGAGGAAGAGGUACAAGAUCUAGUCCUGCCAUACUUGCGGAUAGUGUCCCUAAUCCGCGCGCACGUAUACGACUGCGAAUUGCCGCUCAUCACCAGCGACCGAGACGAGUUUGGUGCGCUUCUGCGGUUCCUGCAAUUGGCGGAUGGCGAAUCGCUCCUGGCGGCUGACGCUUUACCUGCCGGUGCAUCGGCCGCCGCCCGCGCAUGGGCGCGACAGUUGGCCACAGCCAGCGCUGGAGGUCAGCUGGCCAUCGGUCGUGUGGUACGAGGGCUGCACGCCGUAUGGACGGGCCCAGCGCUCCUUAGGUUACCGCGCGAGUACGACCGCCUCUUCACCUACUACCACGAGCGCGUGUGCCUUCAGUGCGGCGCAGUACCCAAGGAGGCCUCCGUGUGCCUUCUUUGUGGUACGUUGGUGUGUCUGAAGCAACCUUGUUGCCGUCAGCACCAAGUCGCCGAAGCGGUACAACACGCCAUGGAGUGCGGGGGCGGGACGGGCAUAUUCCUGGUGGUGACGUCCACUUACAUCAUCGUCAUCCGAGGACGCCGUGCCUGUCUCUGGGGAAGCCUUUACUUAGACGACUACGACGAAGAAGACCGAGACCUUAAACGAGGCAAACCACUAUACCUGAGCGAAGACAGAGCCGAGCUGCUCCAAGCCCAGUGGUUGGCUCACCGCUUCGACCACACCAAGCGCACCUGGGUCUGGCAUCGCGACUCUCUAUGA